AUGACUGGGUCUGCAGCGGUGGAUCUCUCAGCUUGCUCGUCAACGAAACUGGCUGGACUCACACUAAGAGACAUCUCCACGUCAGAGACGAUCUACUGGGGUGACGGAACAGAAGAAAAGGUGAAAAGAACAGAAUUGAUUUUUGAAUGCAAAAAGUUGUCAAAUGGACAUUGGAGCAAAUCAGUAGUCGCCAAUUUUACCAUAUUUGAUAUUAUCAAGUUGAAUGACAUAGAACCUGUUAGUUUACGCUUCUACAAAGACUCCCUGUAUCUCACAGACAGGAAUUACAAGGGCUUAGUCCGAUUAUACCAUUUUCUUAAAUCCUUAUCUUUGGCAAGAGUAGAGGAAAUGCUGACAACAGAAAGAAGUCCAGGUGCAAUUGCUGUGUACAACAGCAACAGAACAUCAGCUGUUGGAGUGAACGGAUGUUCAGCUGACAACGGUGGCUGUCUGAAAUUUUUUUGUCUGCCUCAGUCGAAAACUCAACGAGUCUGCAGAUGUGCAAAAGGCAAAUUUAGUGAGUGCUUGCCUGUUAUUAUUCCGAGUAGUCCUGUUAACACUACAGUUAACGUUUCAACAUCAUUCACAUUGAAUUGCAUGGUCAAUAGCAAAGGAUUUGAUACUUAUGUGGAGAUAAUGAAAAACAACGCAGAAGUCGUAUAUUCUCAAAGUGUCACUCCUUCUGCUCAUGAAGUAAUUAUAAUGGUGUCUUACACAGUUGUUUCUGCUUCUUAUACUGACAGUGGCUUUUACAGCUGCCAUGUAACCAACAGGUAUGGGAAUGUUAGGUCAGAUAUUGGAAAUGUUAUUGUUGUUGCACCACCAAAUCCUUGUGAGUCAAAUCCAUGUCAGUAUGGAGGCACAUGUGUUUCUCAAAUGAAUCAGUAUAGUUGCAAGUGUGUUGCUGGAUACACUGGGGUGAAUUGUGAAACAGACGUAGAUGAGUGUACAUCUCACCCUUGUCAAAAUGGAGGGACAUGUCAAGACAUGAUGAAUAAGUAUAAUUGCAAUUGUCUUUCUGGAUACACUGGGGUGAAUUGUGAAACAGACAUAGAUGAGUGUACAUCUCACCCUUGUCAAAAUGGAGGGACAUGUCAAAACAUGAUGAAUAAAUAUAAUUGCAAUUGUCUUUCUGGAUACACUGGGGUGAAUUGUGAAACAGACAUAGAUGAGUGUGCAUCUCACCCUUGUCAAAAUGGAGGGACAUGUCAAGACAUGAUGAAUAAAUAUAAUUGCAAUUGUCUUUCUGGAUACACUGGGGUGAAUUGUGAAACAGACAUAGGUGAGUGUGCAUCUCAUCCUUGUCAAAAUGGAGGGACAUGUCAAGACAUGAUGAAUACAUACAGUUGUAAUUGCCUUUCUGGAUACACUGGGGUGGAUUGUGAAACAGACAUAGAUGAGUGUACAUCUCAUCCUUGUCAAAAUGGAGGGACAUGUCAAGACAUGAUGAAUAAAUAUAAUUGCAAUUGUCUUUCUGGAUACACUGGGGUGAAUUGUGAAACAGACGUAGAUGAGUGUGCAUCUCAUCCUUGUCAAAAUGGAGGGACAUGUCAAGACAUGAUGAAUACAUACAGUUGCAAUUGUCUUUCUGGAUACACUGGGGUGAAUUGUGAAACAGACAUAGAUGAGUGUGCAUCUCACCCUUGUCAAAAUGGAGGGACAUGUCAAGACAUGAUGAAUAAAUAUAAUUGCAAUUGUCUUUCUGGAUACACUGGGGUGAAUUGUGAAACAGACAUAGAUGAGUGUACAUCUCACCCUUGUCAAAAUGGAGGGACAUGUCAAAACAUGAUGAAUAAAUAUAAUUGCAAUUGUCUUUCUGGAUACACUGGGGUGAAUUGUGAAACAGACGUAGAUGAGUGUGCAUCUCACCCUUGUCAAAAUGGAGGGACAUGUCAAGACAUGAUGAAUACAUACAGUUGUAAUUGCCUUUCUGGAUACACUGGGGUGGAUUGUGAAACAGACAUAGAUGAGUGUACAUCUCAUCCUUGUCAAAAUGGAGGGACAUGUCAAGACAUGAUGAAUAGAUAUAAUUGCAAUUGUCUUUCUGAAUACACUGGGGUGAAUUGUGAAACAGACGUAGAUGAGUGUGCAUCUCACCCUUGUCAAAAUGGAGGGACAUGUCAAGACAUGAUGAAUAGAUAUAAUUGCAAUUGUCUUUCUGGAUACACUGGGGUGAAUUGUGAAACAGACAUGGGUGAGUGUGCAUCUCACCCUUGUCAAAAUGGAGGGACAUGUCAAGACAUGAUGAAUACAUACAGUUGUAAUUGCCUUUCUGGAUACACUGGGGUGGAUUGUGAAACAGACAUAGAUGAGUGUACAUCUCAUCCUUGUCAAAAUGGAGGGACAUGUCAAGACAUGAUGAAUAAAUAUAAUUGCAAUUGUCUUUCUGGAUACACUGGGGUGAAUUGUGAAACAGACAUAGGCGAGUGUGCAUCUCAUCCUUGUCAAAAUGGAGGGACAUGUCAAGACAUGAUGAAUACAUACAGUUGUAAUUGCCUUUCUGGAUACACUGGGGUGGAUUGUGAAACAGACAUAGAUGAGUGUACAUCUCAUCCUUGUCAAAAUGGAGGGACAUGUCAAGACAUGAUGAAUAAAUAUAAUUGCAAUUGCCUUUCUGGAUACACUGGGGUGAAUUGUGAAACAGACGUAGAUGAGUGUGCAUCUCAUCCUUGUCAAAAUGGAGGGACAUGUCAAGACAUGAUGAAUACAUACAGUUGCAAUUGUCUUUCUGGAUACACUGGGGUGAAUUGUGAAACAGACAUAGAUGAGUGUGCAUCUCAUCCUUGUCAAAAUGGAGGGACAUGUCAAGACAUGAUGAAUAAAUAUAAUUGCAAUUGUCUUUCUGGAUACACUGGGGUGAAUUGUGAAACAGACGUAGAUGAGUGUACAUCUCACCCUUGUCAAAAUGGAGGGACAUGUCAAGACAUGAUGAAUAAAUAUAAUUGCAAUUGUCUUUCUGGAUACACUGGGGUGAAUUGUGAAACAGACGUAGAUGAGUGUACAUCUCACCCUUGUCAAAAUGGAGGGACAUGUCAAGACAUGAUGAAUAAAUAUAAUUGCAAUUGUCUUUCUGGAUACACUGGGGUGAAUUGUGAAACAGACGUAGAUGAGUGUACAUCUCACCCUUGUCAAAAUGGAGGGACAUGUCAAGACAUGAUGAAUAAAUAUAAUUGCAAUUGUCUUUCUGGAUACACUGGGGUGAAUUGUGAAACAGACGUAGAUGAGUGUACAUCUCAUCCUUGUCAAAAUGGAGGGACAUGUCAAGACAUGAUGAAUACAUACAGUUGCAAUUGUCUUUCUGGAUACACUGGGGUGAAUUGUGAAACAGACAUAGAUGAGUGUGCAUCUCACCCUUGUCAAAGUGGAGGGACAUGUCAAGACAUGAUGAAUAAAUAUAAUUGCAAUUGUCUUUCUGGAUACACUGGGGUGAAUUGUGAAACAGACGUAGAUGAGUGUACAUCUCACCCUUGUCAAAAUGGAGGGACAUGUCAAGACAUGAUGAAUAAAUAUAAUUGCAAUUGUCUUUCUGGAUACACUGGGGUGAAUUGUGAAACAGACGUAGAUGAGUGUACAUCUCACCCUUGUCAAAAUGGAGGGACAUGUCAAGACAUGAUGAAUAAAUAUAAUUGCAAUUGUCUUUCUGGAUACACUGGGGUGAAUUGUGAAACAGACGUAGAUGAGUGUACAUCUCACCCUUGUCAAAAUGGAGGGACAUGUCAAGACAUGAUGAAUAAAUAUAAUUGCAAUUGUCUUUCUGGAUACACUGGGGUGAAUUGUGAAACAGACGUAGAUGAGUGUACAUCUCAUCCUUGUCAAAAUGGAGGGACAUGUCAAGACAUGAUGAAUACAUACAGUUGCAAUUGUCUUUCUGGAUACACUGGGGUGAAUUGUGAAACAGACAUAGAUGAGUGUGCAUCUCACCCUUGUCAAAGUGGAGGGACAUGUCAAGACAUGAUGAAUAAAUAUAAUUGCAAUUGUCUUUCUGGAUACACUGGGGUGAAUUGUGAAACAGACGUAGAUGAGUGUACAUCUCAUCCUUGUCAAAAUGGAGGGACAUGUCAAGACAUGAUGAAUAAAUAUAAUUGCAAUUGUCUUUCUGGAUACACUGGGGUGAAUUGUGAAACAGACGUAGAUGAGUGUACAUCUCACCCUUGUCAAAAUGGAGGGAUAUGUCAAGACAUGAUGAAUACAUACAGUUGUAAUUGUCUUUCUGGAUACACUGGGGCGAAUUGUGAAACAGACAUAGAUGAGUGUGCAUCUCAUCCUUGUCAAAAUGAAGGGAUAUGUCAAGACUUGGUGAAUACAUACAGUUGUAAUUGUCUUUCUGAAUACACUGGGCUGGAUUGUGCAGUAACUCUUAGUCAGGCACCAGUAGGUACAAGAAGUACUCCACACGGUCCGCCUGCGAUUAGCAACACUGAGACUGACACUACUGUAAUUGCUGCUGUUACUACUGUAACUAUUAUACUUAUCACAGUCGGCACAAUUUCUGUAGUGAUUGUAGUUAGACGACGCAGAAGAUCUUAUCAACUGAACUCAGAGAGUGCUGGUUAUGAAGUACCAAACACGUUCUUCAAUCCGUUGAACGAACAGUUUACCAGUAAAGAACCGGUAUAUGAAACGCUGGAUGCACCACAUGAGAUGAAAGAGAAGGCACCGAAAGAAGUCCCUGAAGCUGCUGGUUUACCUGUGAUGAAGGCACCGCCUUACGAGGGGUUUAUCAGAGAGCUGACCAGGCAGGAAUGCGGUAGACUGAAGUUUCCUAGUGUGAGUAUAGAGCAGGAAGACCAGUCGGAAAGAUCAAUCAAGACUGAUGAAAUUCGUGUUGCUGGAUUCUUCUUUGGUGUAUCUGAUCUUGAUGGAAUUAGAGAGUUCCUAGCACUACACGAAGCCAAAUCAAUUGCCUCACAGGUCACUCUUGAGAAAAACCAGUUUUCUACAAGUUUCACCAUUCCUGACUUCUUGGAUGUGAUACCACUCGACAACCAAAGUUUCCAGCUAUUCAAGACCAUGUUAUGGAACCAACCAGCAUCUGCCAUAGCAACGACAUGUGGUAACUUGAAGCAGUCAUCAAACUUCCAUGUUGACUUGCAAUCGUUGGCUAACAGAGGACAUUCUGCAAACUUGUCUGAUUUCCACAGCUCACAACUGGACAAGAAUUUUCCUCCUUUGAAGAGCACUGCAUUUCUAGUUACGAAAGAGAAACAUUUGUACAACUUUACAUUAGGAGAUCCGGGUCACUAG